AUGAGAAAUAGUGAUGGAGGCGAGAUCAGUCAUCAGUAUGCAGCGAUUGUUUACCUGAGUGCUGUUGCUGUUCCCGCGCGUGGUCCCAGAGCUGGAGCUGCCGUUGAACGAGUUGCUGCUGUGGAGCAACAAUGGCUCUUCGUCUUCAUCCUCUUCGUCCGAUGCCAUGCCGCCUUGACCUGUGCUGCUAUUGCUAUUAUCGCUGUUAUUAGUGGUAUGAUUGAUAGAGGUUGGGGUGGAUGUGGUUGGGGUGAAUCCUUCUCCGUAGCUUCUUGUACCGUCAGAGGAGAGCGAAGCGGGCGAGGCGAAGGCGAGAUGCUUCUGAUAGGGGUUGCUAGCGGGUGUGGAGGGGUGUGUCGGGCUCGAGGACUUGUUGGGAGGCGAGCGAGGUCGUGGACUGUUAGUCCUGCUGUGGUGGCUAGUCCUGGUGGUGCUGGUAGUGCUGGUAGUGGUCCGAGUGCCGUCCCUGUUGAUGCUGAUGGUGCGGCUGGCUGGGAUGGAUGUGUUGGCGGGAAGAAGCGCAAAGGUUUCUUUGCCCUUGGACAUUUAGAGGACAGACGCAAGGUGCAGGUGCGUGUGAAAGGAAGUGAUGGAGUCGUCGGACAUGCACUAGAAUGA